UGUGAAUUUUGCGUAACCUGUUGUUAUGCUGCGUGUGACCCUUGAACUACUUGCUGCUGUGUUUUUUGUAUCAAUUGCUACUGUGGUUUUUAGUGCUGAGGUUUUUAGUGCUGUGGGUUUUGGUACUGUGGGUUUUAUCCUCUGUGGUGGCGAGGUUUUUGUGUUUACUGGGCCUGAACGCAGUGUUUUAGGUUGUUCGUAUGUUGUAUUAUUAUUUGUGAUUACAGAUGGUUCAUUCUUGAGUUGAUUUGAAUUGUUUUUACUUUUUACUUUUUUU